AUGGAGGGAGGCGUCGAGCGCCUCGCGUCAGUGGAGCGGGCGCUCGGAAAGGUCGAGACAGGCCUAAAGCUUGCCGACUCCGUGCUGAAGCUCGGCGAAGGCGCUGGGCUGCCUCUCAUUCCGGCUGUGUGCAGCGCGGCUCGCGGUGUCCUUCGGGCCGUGCAAGCGUCGCGAACUGUGAUCAGUGAUGCGCUAUCCGUUGCGCAGCGCACGAUCGACGUCCUCGAGCUGCUGCAGCUCAUGGCUGAAAACGUGGAGCGCAUGGACGCGAAGAGCCGCCCGAGCGUAGAGGACCGGAUGCGCGAGUUGCAGCGGCUGCUCGAGGACGCAUGCUCGGCAGUCGCUGCCUUUGGCAAGAAGGGCUGGCUACGGCACGCGCUCAAGGUGGGGAGGCGCAGCACGCUAUCGCAGCUCGACUCGGAGAUCACCGCCCAGCUCGGCCUGCUGCUCAAGUUCUACAACCUCGCUCGCGACGCGCACAUCGACGCCCGGCUGCAGGCGCGCGAGUACGCUGUCGAGGCGGAGGUGCAGCGGCGGGUGGCCGAGCGGGAGGCGAUGGGCGAGGCUGUCGACGCGGACGCUCUCGAGAAGGACUCCGAGUUCGUGCGUGGCAUUGCGGUCGCUUCUGGCCUUUCGGACGCCGAGUUCCAACAGGAGCUUCGCGAGGGCUUUGCGCAGCAGGGGCUCAAGCUGGACAGAGCAGCAGAGCUGAUGCAGUCCGACCAAGAGUUCGAGGCGAAGCAGCAGCUUGAGCUAGCGGUGCUCCAGCGUAGCCAAGCGGAGGAAAAAUACCAGCGCGUUCGACAGCGCCGCCUCACCACUCAGCCGUUCAUGCACCUCGACGCCGUCUCGAGUGAACAGCUGAAGCGAUACUCUGCAGCUUCCUCGUCUGCGGCAUCAGCGGCUCCGACGCUGACGCCCCCCCGCGUUGUGCCGGCCAACCCCUUCCUCGAAAUGGCACGGCCCGCCACUGGCGUCCCGACGCCCUCCGCCAGCGUCGGCAACACAAAAUUGGCAGCUUCCGGCAAGGCCAGAUCAGCCACUGACACCGAUGCCUCCUCGUCUGAGAGCAGCUCACUGGUCUCCACCAUUCUCACCAUCACCCUCGAGGGCAGCUUAACCGGUCCGCCGCCCUUCGACAGCAGAGCGUUCAAGGCGAGGCUCGCCGAGAAGCUUGAAAUGCGGCCUGACGACCAGUUCAAAGUCAGACUGGUCAAGCAAGGCGGCCGUCGGCAGCACGAGGUGCAGACGAGCCCGAGCUUCUUCGUCCGCGUCGAGGUCGACGAGCAGGGCUACCUGAGCUACGAGUCGAGCUCUUCGGAGUCCGCCAGUGCGAGCGGCAGCGAGGGCUCCGACUUUUCCGCUGCCGAUAAGGAGGCCGCCAGCGGCGAGAUUACCAUGCAUGUAAAGCGUGCGUUGCGGCCGCACCGCGUCGCGGCCGAGGCGAUCGAGGUGCUCUGGGUGGAGGAGGGCUCGAUCGUCGUCGCGCUGCAGCUCGACCUGCCGUAUGCUCUCAAGCUGAUUGACUUGCACCAGAGCAAAAGGCUCGGGGAGGAGUUCAGCAUCGUCUCGUGCGCCCUCGGCGAGCAGCGCCCUUCCGUCUCGAAGGCCGAGAUGAACGAAGUCCCUCUGGCCGUUCGCAACGAGUUCCCUCUGGCCAUUCGCGAGGUCGUGUUCGCGCCGAACCAUUUUGAGGCGCUCGGCCUGUCGGUGAACCGGGUUGUGGACGCUUCUGAGUUGAAGCGCGCCUACCUCAAACAGGCAGCAGUCGCGGAGGCGGAGGCGGCAGUGGAGGUGGAGGCGGGCUGCUUAGCAGCAUCGAAGCGGCUCAACGAGGCUCGCGAUGUGCUCAAAGACCCGUUCCGCUGCGCUGAGCAUGUCGAUGAGAUUGAGCGCGCGCGCGGUGCUGCUCCUAAGGGCCCGUGGGAAAAGGACGCCCUUCAAGAGCUGGGGAAGGUGCAGGCACGACGGGCUGCACACCGGAUGGAGGCGGAGGCCAAGGCAACGGCAGAGGCGGAGGCCAAGGCAACGGCAGAGGCGGAGGCGUCAGAAAUCGUUCUCCACUCCCUGCCGGUGUCCACUCUCGAAAACAUGGGAGUCCGGACCAUCAGUGACGAAGACAUGAUCGACGUGCCCCCGGGGACCCCGGCGUCCGUGCCUGCGUCGUACAAGGCGGGCAGGGUGCUCCUCGAUGAGAAGGACUGGGACGCGGCGCUCAAGUGCUUCAACAGAGCGGCUGAUCUCCUUGAACAAAAGGCAGAGCACGACGAAGAGUUUCUAGCGAGGGUUUUUGAAGGGUCGUUCGAGCGAAGGUUUCUGAAGGGUCGUUUCGCGAAACUGAGUGACGCGAUCAACCUUUGCGAAUAUCAGAUUGCGCUUCGGCCCAAGCAAAUGCACGAAAAGUUCUUCGACGGCGUCAUGGCCAGCAUCAAAACCAUUGCUGCUCUGAGCAACGAGGCGAAACCAAUCCAGGAAGGAAUGAAGGAUUGGCGUGACUAA